AUGUCGUAUUCCGACCAAAACCUUAUUGACACUGGCAGUGGAAUUUGUCACUUGAGUAGUGGAGUGCUAGCCGUAAUUAUAAGUUUCUCCAUAAUCGGAGCAGUCACCCUCUUUGGAACUUGUAUUGCUAUCCGCGUCUACAAUUCCCCAAGACGAGGACAUUCGGCUAUUGCAGCAGCAGCAACGGUACGGCAGCAACCAAGAGAGGUUAUGGCGGCGGUGAGGGGUCUUGACCAGUCUACAAUAGAAACGUACAAGAAAGUUGAGUUGGGACAAAGUAGAAGGCUUCCAGGAACUAAUGGUAUUAUAUGUCCGAUUUGUUUAUCGGAAUAUGCGAGCAAAGAAACCAUACGGUUCAUGCCGGAGUGUGACCAUUGCUUCCACGUGGAAUGUAUUGAUGUGUGGCUCAAGAUUCAUGGUUCAUGCCCUCUUUGUCGGAACUCGCGCAAGUGA